UGCAGCUGGAGGAUGGGUGUAACGAGUGAUUCACUGCACACACACAUGCUAUUCAGAUCACACUCACACUAGUUCCAGCUCUCAGGAAGUGGAACUCGGACACUCGCUGUCACUGAGAGGUGAAAUGGCGCAGAAAGGAGUUCAGCUGGACCGGGAAACCUUCUCUUGUCCGAUCUGUCUGGAUCUACUAAAGGAUCCGGUGACUACUUCCUGUGGACACAGCUACUGCAUGGACUGUAUCAAAACCCACUGGGAUAAAGAGGAUGUGAAGAAAGUCUACAGCUGCCCUCAGUGUCGGCAGAGCUUCAAACCGAGGCCUGUCCUGCUGAAGAACACCAUGUUAGCAGAUUUAGUGGAGGAGCUGAAGAAGACUGGACUCCAAGCUGCUCCUGCUGAUCACUGCUAUGCUGGAGCUGGAGAUGUGGCCUGUGAUUUCUGCACUGGGAGGAAACUGAGAGCCUGUAAGUCCUGUCUGCAGUGUCUGGCCUCUUAUUGUGACAAACACCUCCAGCCUCAUCAUGACUCGGCUACGUUUAAGAAACACAAGCUGGUGGAGCCCUCCAAGAAGCUCCAGGAGAACAUCUGCUCUCGUCACGACGAGGUGAUGAAGCUGUUCUGUCGCACUGAUCAGCAGAGUAUCUGUUCUCUCUGCUCUGUGGACGAACACAAAGGCCACGACACGGUGUCAGCUGCAGCAGAGAGGACUGAGAGGCAGAAAGAGAUCAAGGUGAGACGACUAAACAUCCAGCAGAGAAUCCACAGCAGUAGGGAAGUUAUGAAGCAGCUUCAGCAGGAGGUGGAUGGCAUCAAUCGCUCUGCUGAUAAAGAUGUGAAGAACAGUGAGAAGAUCUUCAUCGAACUGAUCCGCUUCAUCCAGAAGAAAAGCUCUGAUGUGAGGCAGAAGGUUAAAUCUCAGCAGGAAAGUGAAGUGCGUCGAGUCAAAGAGUUUCAGAAGAAGCUGGAGCAGGAGAUGGCUGAGCUGAAGAAGAAAGACUCUGAGCUGGAGCUGCUUCAACACACAGACGAUCACACCCAGCUUCUAGAAAAGUUCUCCUCAGUCUCGCCUCUCGGUGAAUCCUCAGAGUUACCCAGCCCUAAAAUCCGUCCUCUGCAGUACUUUGAGGACGUGACAACAGCUGUGUCGGAAGUCCGAGAUAAACUGCAGGAAGUUCUGAUGGAGAAGUGGCCGAAGAUUUUACGGACAGUCACUGAAGUGGAUGCUUUUCUGUCGCAACAACUGAGGACCAGAGAGGAGUUCUUACGGUAUGCCAGUCAAAUCACGCUGGAUCCAAACUCAUCAAACACGAGCAUAAUGUUGUUUUCUGAGAGGUACCGCAAAGUAACAACAACUCCUUUAUUGGAAAUGUGUUUUCCGUCCCGAGAGAGAUUCAACGGUUUACAUCAGGUCCUGAGUAGAGAGAGUCUGACUGGACGUUGUUACUUCGAGGUGGAGUACGAUGCACUAUUAACAGUAGCUGUAGCAUACAAGGAUAUGCAAAGACAUAAUACCUCUAAAGACUGUGCAUUUGGGUACAACGAGAAGUCUUGGGCGUUAUUUUGUCAUCAUGAAUUUGAAUUCAGACAUGACGAUAUCCACACGCCAAUCUCGGUUAAGUCGUCUUACAAAGUGGGAGUGUUCCUGGAUCAUAAGGCUGGUGUUCUGUCGUUUUACGACGUGGGGGAAACCAUGAAGUUCAUCCACAAAGUGCAGACCACUUUCACUCAGCCGCUCUACGCUGGUCUGGCCCUUCACUUUUCCAACGGAGACAACGCCACGGUGUGUGAGCUGAAGUAGGCCUGACUCCAUAGGAACCAUCAUUGUAAAUGGUCAAAAGAGGACAUAUUAUCAUUUCCAGGUGUAUAUCAGGGAGGCUGUGGCGCAGUGGACUAGUGCGUUGGUGUUUGGA